AAAUGGCCUAGGAUAAAAGGAUUAAAAUAAUGAAACCAAGUUAAUCCAUUGAACCAACCAGUUUAUCGGCAUUUUCUGAUCGGGGGUGGAGAGGACAGGCUUAGCCGCUUUAAAAAAAAGUGUACUUUAGAACUAAAGAACUUUUACCUCACUACUGUUGCUCUGUUUACAGAAUAGCAGAUGAACUCCCAGAAGAGGGACAAGAUUAAAAAAACCGUUCCGUUUCUGUGAAACAAUAGUCCCAGCAAAAUAAAAAAAGAGAAACGAGGAAAGGACUCUAGGAUCCUUCACCUGAUAGGAUGAAUUCAGCAGCAGGAGGGGCGCAACCCACUACCAUGAAGCUUAAAGAAUAUUUUGCAAGAAUUUCUUACAAGGGUCCUCUACGGCCCCUGGAUUUGAAAACGUUGACGGCGGUUUUGCAGCACCACAUCCGAGCAGUGCCGUUCGAAAACCUCAACAUCCACUGCGGGGAAACCAUUGAGUUAGGCUUGGAAGCCGUCUACAAGAAGAUUGUGAAGAACCACCGGGGGGGUUGGUGUCUGGAAAACAACCUUCUUUUAUCGUGGGUUCUUCAGACCAUGGGCUAUGAUGUCACUCUUUUGGGGUCUUACGUUUAUGUCCCUCAGGAAAACAAAUAUGACGACGGCAUGAAUCACCUCCUACUCAAAGUUGUCAUUGAUGGCAAAGCUUACGCUGUUGACGGAGGCUUCGGGAUAGCUUUCCAGAUGUGGCAACCAGUGGAACUGAUUUCUGGGAAGGAGCAGCCUCAGAAACCCGGCAUCUUCCGCGUCACUGAAGACAACGGAACGUGGUAUUUUGACAAAUUAAAGCGCAAAGUGUACAGUUCCGAUCCCGAAAACAAAUCCCUCUACUUUGAUGGGCCGGAAGACUUGACCUGCAAGAAAAUUUUUGCGUUUACUUUGAAGCCCCGGAGUAUAGAGGAGUUCCGGGAGCAGAAUACAGCUCUCCAAACCGCCCCCGACUCUUUGUUUGUUAAGAAGUCCAUCUGCAGCCUCCAGACCGCCAAUGGUUUUCAGGUUUUGAUCGGCUGGACCCUCACAGAAGCCAAAUAUGAUUACAAGGACAACAUGGAUCUGAUAGAGAAGACCACACUUACUGAUGAAGAAGUGGAGAAAACACUGAAGGAGCGGUUCAACAUAAGGUUAAAGAAGAAACUUGUCCCCUGUAAUGAAAGUUUAGUACCCACUUCGUAGCUACAUUUUCUACCCUAGGAAAUAUGAAAAACCCUACUUGGGCCAAGCGUCCCGAAAAUUGUGGGAGAAGCAAGGAACAUCUGAUUUCCCCCCCCCCCACACGUUUCUAGAAUUCUCUUAAUUGUGAAAGCAAACUUUUAAAGCAAAUGUAGGGGUUCUAGCGUUAGCAUUUUUCUCAGCAGUUUCAAGGGAAACAAAAUGAGUUUUGAUAAGAUGAGCAAAAUCCCUUGAUUCUGUGCAAUCCCCCUUUUAGCAUGCGGGGCUAUUACUUGUUCAUUUGCGAGUGUGGCAGAGACCACACAGCAAACAGCGACUUAGGAAAAGCUCUCCGUUUGAGGAUAGCCGCUGUGUAGAGGUGGUCUAGUAUAUGUCUCAGUUAUCAUUUAGAGGGGGAAAUUGACAAUGUGUGUGUGUUUAAGUUUAUAAAAUUGUGCAUGGGGUGUCAAGCACCCCUCCUUGGGGUCCGAAGAGUUCUUCCUUUACUCUCAGACAGGGUUUUUUUGGGGGGACCUCUCAAUCUCCUUGUAACCCUCUCCCCAUGUCUGAUAGGUCCUAUGUCAGAUCUCAGCUAUGGGGGUGCAUCUGCCCGGGCCAUCCAGUGGAAUAUGAAUUUUAAGCCCCACAUAUUUUUUAUUUAUUUAUCUUUGCACUUAUAUCCCGCCAAUCUCCGGGAGGGCUUGAGGCGGCUGACAAUCAAUAUAUUCAGGGAAUGGUCCCUGGAUUUAUUUGUAAACUGAAUGUGCUUGACUCUUACCAUGAAAUGCAUGGAUGGAUGCACAAGGUCUGUGCACCAUCAUUCAGUUAUGGAGUUGGAAAAAUGGGUUUUAGAAGGGAUCUGGUUCACGGAGGAGAGGCCCAUCACUGUCUGUGAAUAAGUGGAACCUCCAUAGUCAGAUGCAGUAAACUACAGUUUCCAGCUUCAGGUUGGGAAAUCCUUGGAGAUUUGGGGGUUAGAUAGAGGACAGAAUAUGAGGAGGAGAGAAACUGACCAGACAUGUCAACUUUUUAAUCAGAUACUGGUUCCAUGAGGUCAUAGAGAAACAGCAGGAGUCUGCAUGGCCAGUAAUCUGAGAAAUGGGCAUUGGUCAGCAUUAGGGUUGCCAGCCUCCAGGUGGGACCUGGAAAUCACCUGGAUUGACAACUGAUCUUUGGACUACAGAGAUGAGCUCCAUUGGAGAAAAUGGCAUCUUUGGUGGAUAGACUUUAUGGCGUGGUGCCAGCAUGGUUAUAGUGAUCAAGAGCAGUGCAUUCUAAUCUGGUGAACCGGCUUUGUUUCCCCACUCUUUCACAUGAAGCCUGCUGGGUAACCUUGGCCCAGUCACAGUUCUCUCAGAACUCGCUCAGCCCCACCUGCCUCACAAAUGGUCUGUUCUGGGACGAAGAAGGGAAGGAGUUUCUAAACUACUUAGAGGCUGCUUACAGUUGAGAAAAAUUGGGUAUAAAUCCAAACUUCUUCUGUUCCCUAAACUCUACUUUCGCCAGGCUCCACCCAUAAACAAUCCAGGAAUUUUCCAAUCUGGAGUUGGCAACAUACCACUUAGAGGAAGAGGAAGAAGAGGAAGAAGAG